AGCGGAGGGGGGCGUCUGGGACCGCCGUGGGAGCGCGCGUGUGCGGGGUUGUGGAUCUGCAGGUGUCUCGCCUGGGUGUGUGCGUGUGUCUGGCCCCGAGUUUGUGCUGGGGUCUGCAGGGAGUGGUUGGUUGUGUCGAUCCGGAGGAAUGUUGGGGUUCGUGAGCCGCUGGGGUGCACGCGUGAGUCCGCCCGGGUGUUUAUGUGCGGCUCGGAUGCCGUGCCCGUGGGGUGGGGUGGACCUGUGCGUGUUCUCUGAGAGUUGCCUGCGUGUGCGGUGGUGUGUUUGUGUGUUGCCUGAGUGGGCUGUUUGUGUGUUGCUGUGUGUGGCUCCUAGUGGCUGUGCCUGGGUCUUCUGUGUGUUGUUUUGUGCCCGGUCGUCUGCAUCUCCGGUGCAUGUCUGCCCAGGUUUGUGACGGUGUGCUUGCUGGGUGCCGCCGUCUGGCCAGGUGUCUGUGAGUUCUGUGUGGGGUGUGCGUGUGUAGCGGGGGUUGUCUCAGUCUGUGUUUGGCGUGUGUGUCUGGCAUCCGCGUCUGGGAACUGAGGACCCAGGCUCUGGGGUCUGUGCAGUACUGUCUGUGGUGUUGCUGGCAGCUUCUCCUAGGGGCUGUCUGAGCCCCCGUGUGUGUGUGUGUGUGUGUGUGUGUGUGUGUGUGUGUGUGAAUCUGAGGGGCUUGUCGCUGCAAUCGGCUGGCUCAUGUGUGUCAUGUGGGCUGCGUGUGUGUAGUGUUUAUGUCAGUCACGUGAGGCCAGUGUUUUCUGUCGGUGCUCUGGGUGUGUGUGUGGCUGAGGCUGUGGGAUUAGAGUUAGCUGUGGGGUGUGUGCGCCCGUGCUGACAGUUGUUGGUGGUGUUUUGAGGUUGGGAGAGGCGACUGGGUUGGUGUGGGCCCUUCUGCUGGUGUGUCUGUGUCGUCGUUGGCAUGUGUCGGUGACGCAUCGGGGUCUGAUGACAUGUGUCUGUGUGUGCCUGCUUUAUAUGUCCUGGGGUCUGAGAGUUGGUGACAUGUGGGUGUUUUGGUGGUGUUGGUCUGUGGAUGUCUGUUUUGUGUUGAUGUUUGUGUGUCCCGAGAUGUGUAGACCUCUCUUUGAGGUGUGUGUGUGCAGAGGAGCAUGCUGUCUGAGGGUUGUGGUAGAGCCUAUUUUGUGUGUGGGGGUUGUGAUGGCUGCAAUGUGUGUGUGUGUGUGUGUGUGUGGGCACGUGUGCAUGCCUCUGGGCAUACCGAGAGUGGGUCUCUGUGUGAGGUCUAACUGUGGGGGUGGGGGUGGGUUGUGCUGGCCAGCAUGCAGUGUGUGUAUGUGCUGUGCACUGUAGCACCGUGUCAGUGUGUGCGUGCCAGUGGGAGGUCAGGUGGGAGGUCAGGCUGGCCUGUCCUGUGUGAGUCCUUACUGCGAGUGUCCUGCACCCUCCACACACAGCCCCCUGCACACCUCCAACUGUCUUCUCCAUGCGUGUCCCUGCCCCAUGUGCCUGUCCCUGUGUGUGUUGGGGGUGCUGUCCCCACCACCAUGCCCUGUGAGCCCAGGUGGAGUGAGUUUGCAGUGGGGCUGUCACAGCACCUGGACAAACCCACAGACACACAUGCGCACACUCCCCUGACAGUUUUCCCGUCUGGGUCCCCCGUGAGCCCUGUGCUGCUGUGAGAGUGGUCCUGGGCCUCCAGGUCCCUGAUCCUGGCCAGCCGGAACCCCUGUCAUCCCUAGUUGGGUGUGUCUUGAGUGCCAUCCCCCUGCAUCUCCCUCCUUCAGGGUCCUGUAUGAGUUCUGAGUGGGAGGUGUGUAUGCUUGGGCCCUGGGACCCCGGGACCCCAUGCGCUCCUCCGUUGACCCGCCCCUUCGUCAUGUCCCACAGGCCCCAGGGAGCGCCAUGGCCCGCGCACGCCAGGAGGGCAGCUCCCCGGAGCCCGUAGAGGGCUUGGCCCGCGACGGCCCGCGCCCCUUCCCGCUCGGCCGUCUGAUGCCCUCAGCUGUGUCCUGCGGCCUCUGCGAGCCUGGCCUGCCCGCUGCCCCCGCCCCUCUGCUGCCUGCUGCCCACCUCUGCGCCCCCACCGCAGCCCUGGGGGGCUCUCGCUGGCCUGGGGGGCCCCGCAGCCGGCCCCGAGGCCCGCGACCGGACGGUCCUCAGCCAUCUAUCUCGCCAGCGGAGCAGCACCUGGAGUCUCCUGUACCUAGUGCCCCGGGGGCCCUGGCGGGCGGUCCCACCCAGGCGGCCCCGGGAGUCCGGGGGGAGGAGGAGCAGUGGGCCCGAGAGAUCGGGGCCCAGCUGCGGCGGAUGGCGGACGACCUCAACGCGCAGUACGAGCGGCGGAGACAAGAAGAGCAGCAACGGCACCGCCCCUCGCCCUGGAGGGUCCUGUACAAUCUUAUCCUGGGACUCCUGCCCUUACCCAGGGGCCACAGAGCCCCCGAGAUGGAGCCCAAUUAGGUGCCUGCACCCGCCCGGCCGACGUCAGGGCCUCGGGGGGCAGGACCCUCCGUCCUGACGCCCUGGCCAGCGCGGGGAACUUCUUCUGCACCAUGUAGCAUACCGGACUACCAGCCCUGCCUGUCCCGGGGGCAGCCAGGGCGGCCGCUCCAGCCCUGGCCCAGCCUGGGUGCACUGACAGAGAUGUGGGCUCCUGAGCCCCCGAAAGCCGGGGCAGGAAGGCUGACCGACUCAGCAUCGAAGGCGGCGGUGACCGAGGGGGUGGGGACUGAGCCGCCUGCCUCUGCCGCCCACCACCAUCUCAGGAAAGGCUGCUGGUGCUGGCUGCCUGUUCCAGCUGCAGGGGUGACACUGGGGGCCUCUCCCCAGUGCUCCUUCACUUUGGGCCCGGCCUCAGGCCCCUGGUGCUUCCCCCCCUCCUCUUGGGGAGGGGGCCCGUGAAGAGCAAAUGAGCCAAACGUGACCACUAGCCUCCUGGAGCCAGAGAACGGGGUGCGUCUGAGGGCUGCCCCAGCCCCGCGCCCAGCCAUCUUCCCUGAGCCAGCGGCGGGUGGUGGGAAUGCCUGCCUCACCUUCAUGUCGGGGUGGCCGGGGGGCCCAGACUGUGAAUCCUGUGCUCUGCCCGUGACCACCCCCGUCCCCAUCAGUCCCAUUGCAUAGGUUUAGAGAGAGCACGUGUGACCACGGGCAUUCAUUUGGGGGGUGGGAGAUUUUGGCUGAAGCCGCCCCAGCCUUAGUCCCCAGGGCGAAGCGCUGGGGGGAAGACGGGGAGUCAGGGAGGGGGGGUCUCAGAAGAGGGAGGAGUCUGGGAGUGGGGGGGGAUGGCCCAGCCUGUAAGAUACUGUACAUGCGCUGCUGUAGAUACCGGAAUGAAUUUUCUGUACAUGUUUGGUUAAUUUUUUUUGUACAUGAUUUUUGUAUGUUUCCUUUUCAAUAAAAUCAGAUUGGA